ACAGGCCUAUUUGUAAAAGAAAUGCAGAUCAUAGAGUCUAGACAUAUGGAUAUUUUGUUAUCAGUCUUAAUGGUUUUGUUUGUAUAGAUGCGUAUAUGAAUACUUAUCUUUUGUCAAUUUGUUAGUAAAAGCAGUGAGCAUUUUUUCAAUGGUGAGAAUAUCAAAGCUGUGCUGAUAGUUUGAAGUCUAUAAAAUGAAUUUGUUUGAGACUUGGGAAUCGAAAUUGGAACUCAGCUGGAUAACGAACUGGUAAGAGUAUAUUACAUUAAAAAAUGAAUCUGCUGUACUCAUUAUAGAACUUUCAAGAAGAGUUACUGAACAAGAAUUCUACAGCAUGGUAGCAGUAUAAGGUAGUCCAUUUUUCCCAUUUUUUUUGGAGGGGGAGGUUGGUUUUGAUUUGAACUGGUGAGAGUCAUGAGGUAGUUUGUUCAUUGUUAUUAUCAGCUUUAUCCUCUUUCAUUGUAACUUAACAAUCUUACAAAGAAGGGUUAGGAGUUGGACCAGAAUAUGAGUGAUAGUUAUGGUCAGCACAGGUAGAGUAGGCCACCCAGUUUAUAGUUUGUUACUCUUUACUACCACCUACUUGUAUCUCUUACUAGCAAGGAUCAAACUCAGCGCCAUGUAGUCUAGUAAGUAACAACCUUGUUGUAACCUCUCUAUUCAGUGAAGGAAGAUAAAGACUUGCCUGUGGCUUUGAAGUAAGCUUUUGUUUUCUGAAAAAACUUUUCAUUAUGAUUGAGGAACAGUCUCUCCUGUCCACGAAGAUUGUGGCACAAGGAGUUCAGAAAUCAGGACCUGAUGCAGGGUUCCUGACAUACUCUGCCAAAGUCAGCAGAGCUUUGCCUGAUCUCUUACAAUCUGUGAAGUUAAAGUAUGUGAAGUUGGGUUAUCAAUAUCCGAAUACCCAUGCCAUUUUACUCUUCACAACCCCUUUUCUAUUGACGUUAGUUUUGGGUACCUUGGGAUCACAACAUGGAGCAUGGAUUUAUUUCAAGUUUGAUCUGGUCAGUAAUAUCCUUAUUAUAUUAUGUGGAGAAAUUAUAUCCCUCUUGUGUAUCUACUUUUUGCCAAGAACAAAAGAAAUCUAUCUUGUAGACUUUGCCUGUUACAGACCAUCUGAUGAAUUUAAGGUCUCGAAGGAAUAUUUCAUGAGAAUGUCUAGAAAGAUGGGGGGAUUUGAAGAGGCCAGCUUGGAAUUUCAAAGAAGAAUAAUGAUAAGAACAGGGCUAGGGGAAAGGACCCACCUUCCCAAGGCUAUUAUAUCCGCUCCAAACUACUGUCCCACUAUGAAAGCAGCCAGAGAAGAAGCGGAAACAGUCAUGUUUGGCGCUCUAGAUGAAUUGUUCUUCAAGUCUGAGAUCAGUCCCAAAGAUGUUAGAAUUCUUAUAGUCAACUGCAGUUUGUUCAAUCCCACUCCAUCUCUUUCUGCCAUGAUCAUAAAUCACUACAAGAUGAGGGAAAAUAUCUUGAAUUUUAGUCUUGCAGGAAUGGGAUGUAGUGCAGGGAUCAUUGCUCUGGAUUUAGCCAAGGACUUGUUGCAGGUUCAUUCUAAUUCCUAUACAGUAAUUGUGAGCACAGAAAAUCUAACAUUGAAUUGGUAUAUAGGCAACAACAGGUCGAUGCUACUGCCUAAUUGUUUGUUUCGCAUGGGGGCAUCUGCAAUUCUCUUGUCUAACAAAAGAAGUGACAAGAGAAGAUCCAAGUACCAACUUAAACACAUUGUUAGAACUCACAAAGGAUCCGAGGACAAAAGUUUUCAAUGUGUCUAUGAGCAGGAAGAUGAGAAUAAGGUCAAGGGAUUGUCUAUAUCAAAAGAUCUAAUGGAAGUUGCAGGCCAUGCACUGAAAGACAACAUAACCACAUUGGGUCCCUUGGUUCUUCCCUUAUCAGAGCAAUUCCUAUUCCUUGCAACGCUUCUAUGUAAAAGGUUUUUAAAGAUGGACAUGAAGCCCUACAUUCCCAACUUCAAGCUUGCUUUUGAGCAUUUCUGCAUUCAUGCAGGAGGCAGAGGCGUUUUGGAUGAAUUAGAGAAGAAUUUGGGAUUGAGCAAGUAUGAGAUGGAGCCUUCUAGGAUGACUCUGCAUAGAUUUGGCAAUACUUCUAGUAGCAGUUUGUGGUAUGAACUGGCUUAUAUGGAGGCCAAGGAGAGAAUCAAGAAAGGGGAUAGAGUGUGGCAGAUUGCUUUUGGGUCAGGAUUCAAGUGCAAUAGUGCGGUGUGGAAGGCAUUGAAGGAUGUGCCUUUGCCUUUAAACAAUCCGUGGCUGGAUUGUAUUCAUAGUUAUCCAGUUGAAAUAGAGGAACACUAGAAGAUUUAGAUUGAAAUGAGCUUAGUCUAUAUAAAUUUGUAAUACAAGACUAGUUGAGGUCUUCUUACAACAUUGUCUCAUGAUAUUUGCUUUUGGCUCAGCCAAAAUUCCAUGGUUGAGUAGUAGGACAAAAUAAUUGGUCGUUAGUGUCCACCAUCCAAAUGUAAUGGUGAAAUCAGUAUAGCCAUGCCAAUCCUUAUUUAGUUUUGGAUUAGGUAAAAAAUUUCAAAGUGUAAUGCAGUAUAGUCAUGUCAAUUUUUAUUCAGUUUAUUUUUAUAUAGAUAUUUAAUGUAAAUAUAUAAUGAUAAUUGGUUUUUUUUUUUUAA